AUUCAUUCAUAUCGACCGAUCAUUCCACCACCCUACGCCACACCGGUGGCCAAAUAUAGCUCCGGCCCGCGUAUAUAAACGUCAAAAAGGGGUGGGGGGCCUCCCCUCUUCUCGUAGUCCGAGCACCAAUCUAGAUAGCCUCCGCCCUCCCUCCCUAUCUCCCUUGCUUGCAAGUCACACGCACUCCGGCCGGCCGGCAAAAGAUCGGGCUCUUUUGGUUCCUCUUUCGUUUCCUUUUCUCCUCCUCCCAAUCUUUUUGGUUGUGUGCGUUGGUGGAGAAGUGGAGGAGGAGAUGGACAUGAACAGUGGCUGGCUCGGCUUCUCCUUGUCUUCCUCUUCUUCCGCCGCCAGGGGCUACGACGCCGGCGAGGGAGUGGGGUGCGAUGGCGGUGACGGUGGCUCCUGCUCGUCGCCCACCGCGGCGGCGGCGCCUUCUUCGCCCAUCGUGGGCGUGCCGUUGCACUCUGGCGGCGGCUCUGUGCAGUACGACGGCCCAGAUUGGAGGCAUCAGCACGCAGAAGCCAAAGGCCCCAAGCUGGAGGACUUCCUGAGCGUCGGCUACGGCAACGACAGGAGCAGCGGCAGCGUCUACGACGCCAGCCACGCCGACCAGCUCAAGUACCACCACCACCAGGACGUCCAUCACGCCUAUCCAGGCUCGCCCUACUUCCAGGGCAAUGGCGGCGGCGGCGCCGUCAUCGGGCUGGACAUCAACAACGCGCCGCCGCCGCCACACUGCACCGGCCUCCCGGACCACCACUACAUGCCGGCGCACCACGGCCAGUACUCCCUGUGCCCGCCGAACCAAGCUGCAGGCACGGGCGCGAUGGCGGCGGCGCCAAUGUACAGCUCCGCGGCUGGCUUCGACGGCAGCACCAACAUGUCCAUCUCUGGCAUCAAGUCCUGGCUCCGGCAGUCGAUGUACGUCCCGGAGCGGUCGCCGGCGGUGCCUCCAUCCGUGCACGCCGCCCCGAGCGAGCCGCUGCCGCCGUUGCCGGCGCCGUGCGUCCCCGUCCCUCGCAAGCUCGCGCAGACGUUCGGGCAGAGGACGUCGCAGUUCCGCGGCGUCACCAGGCACAGGUGGACGGGGAGGUACGAGGCUCACCUGUGGGACAACACCUGCAGGAAGGAAGGCCAGACCAGGAAAGGAAGGCAAGUUUACCUAGGUGGGUAUGACAAGGAGGAGAAGGCCGCGAGGGCUUAUGAUCUGGCAGCGCUCAAGUACUGGGGGCCAACGACUCACAUAAAUUUCCCGUUAAGCACCUAUGAGAAGGAGCUGGAGGAGAUGAAGCACAUGACAAGGCAGGAGUUCAUUGCGCACUUAAGAAGGAACAGCAGUGGGUUCUCGAGGGGAGCAUCCAUGUACAGAGGAGUGACCAGGCAUCACCAGCACGGCAGAUGGCAGGCCAGGAUUGGGAGGGUGGCAGGGAACAAGGACCUGUACCUUGGCACCUUCAGUACGCAGGAGGAGGCGGCGGAGGCGUACGACAUCGCGGCGAUCAAGUUCCGCGGGCUGAGCGCCGUCACCAACUUCGACAUCAGCAAGUACGACGUGAAGCGCAUCUGCGCCAGCUCGCACCUCAUCGGCGGGGACCUUGCCUGCAGGCGCUCCCCGACGCGCGACGCGCCGGCGCUGCCCAGCGGCGUGAGCGUCGCCGUCGAGCGCCCCGAGGCCGGCGCGUCCGACAACAGCUCCGACGCCUCGGACGGCCACCGCGGCGCGCACCUGCUGCACGGCCCCCAGUACGCGCACGCCAUGAAGUACGAGGCCGGCGAGGGCAGCAACGGCGGAGGGAACUGGAUGCCAGGCGCGGCCCGGCCGGUCGCCGGCGUCCCCAGCGCGCACCCGCUCCCGGUGUUCGCGCUCUGGAACGACUGAGUGAGUGAGUGGCUAGCAUAGCACGCAGCGCAGGGACGUAGUAGGUAGCUAGCUAGGGCAACAUGCCCACAUGCACGGUGGUGCAGGAGGACCGAUGAUAAAGCUUGAGGGGGAGGCCGUGUUGUGAUCGGCCGACCCCUGCGAUGCGAGGGUGGGGGUGCGAUGCAUGUCGUUGCAUGGUUGGCGCCUUAACUUGUCUGGGAGGUGCCGACAAUUUUGCCGCAAUGUGAGACUCUUUGACGUGCAUGCAUGCAUGCAUGCCACGACGUAGGAGAUUUUCAAUGCUAGCAUGCACUGAACCUUUGCCACUUACUAUAUGCCAUGUACUAUUACUGAA